UAAUUCACGGUAAUAGAAUUGACAUGACCAUCGUGGCGUCCGACGAUCGAAAAGUGAAUAUUAUUUUAGUGUUGCAUAAAAAUAAAUUUUCCGUCGUUGCUCAUCAUCCAAUUUAUUAUGCAAUUGACAAAAUAAAAUAAUUCCAGUAAGUGUCACACAAGAUACAAAAAUGCCACCGAAAUGUAAAUUUCAAGAAGGGGAGAAGGUUCUGUGCUUUCAUGGACCUCUCAUUUAUGAAGCCAAGUGUUUAAAGUCCUCUAUUACUAAGGAAAAACAAAUUAAAUAUUUCAUUCACUAUGCUGGUUGGAAUAAAAAGUACGAUUUCUACACAUGUCUGGGAUGAAUGGGUUCCUGAGAGCAGAGUGCUCAAAUAUAACGAGGCAAAUGUACAGAAACAAAAAGAAGUCCAGCGAGCACACUCAAAUCAGCAAUCUGCUCAGAAAAACAAAAAGGGAAAUACAUCAACUAAAACACAGGGGCGAAGGAGCGAAGGAGGUAGAGAGAAAGAUGCUGACAGUAGGUCGAGCACACCAGUCGCUGACAAGAGUACAAGCCGUUUUAGCAAGGGUACAAGUAAUACAGUAACACCCUCAUCUUCUCAUGAAUCUGUGUCUGAACCACCACGUAAAAAACGAAGUCGACUAGAGCCAUCCGGCGAAACUGAGGAAUAUCUUACAAGAGUAGAAGUUAAGAUCAAGUUACCUGAAGAAUUGAAAUUUGUGCUUAUAGACGAAUCCGAAAUAAUAUUGAAGCACCACAAACUACCCGCGUUACCUGUACAAAAUACAGUCGACAAGAUCCUAGAUGAUUAUGUAGAAGCAAAAUCAUCUGGGAAGUCCAAUGACGUUAGAGAAAGUACGUUGGAAAUAACGAAAGGUAUUCGAGAGUAUUUCAAUAUCACAUUGGGCCUUCAGCUGCUAUAUAAAUGGGAACGGCCGCAGUUUAUACAGAUAAUGAAUGACAAUCCAGAAACGGUGCCAAGUCAGUUGUACGGGGCAUUCCAUCUCCUUAGACUUUUUGUUCGACUUGGUGGCAUGCUUUCUUAUACGCCUUUAGAUGAGAAAAGUAUACAGCUGUUACUGUCGCAUUUUCAUGAUUUCCUGCAAUACUUGCAAAAAAAUAAUGCUGAGCUCUUCAAUCUUCAACAAGAUUACACAGAUCCGUCACCGGACUAUCAUCGAAAAUACGGUUAAACAUCAGUAAUUAUUUUACAAGUUUAUAUGUAUUUAAACAAAUGUAUUACUUUUGCAGAAUAUUUUAUUGGCAAUCUCACAGAGAUGCUGUUUGAAUUCAUUUGUGUUACGAAGUUAAUAUAUAAUCGGGCAUAGACUGAUAUAAUCAAAUGGCUAAUAAAUUAUAAUUUUAUUAUUAUAGCUAAAAUACAAUGUCGCAAAACAAA